GUCACCUCCCCCUUGGCCACCUCCAAACCCAGCAGCCCAGCGCUUAGGAGCAAUCAGAAGUGGCAGGAUGGCUAUGACGGACCUGCUCAGCGCGGCGGACAUCAAGAAGGCGGUGGGAGCCUUUGCAGCUGCCGAGUCCUUCUGCCAUAAGAAGUUCUUUGACAUGGUGGGACUGAAAAAGAAGAACCAGGAAGAUGUAAAGAAGGUUUUCCACAUUCUCGACAAAGAUCGAAGUGGCUUCAUAGAGGAGGACGAGCUGAAAUUUAUACUGAAGGGCUUCACCCCCGAUGGCAGAGACCUAUCUGAUAAAGAAACCAAGACACUCCUGAGUGCUGGAGACAAGGAUGGCGAUGGCAAAAUCGGCAUAGAUGAAUUCAUAAUUUUGGUGGCUGAAUCAUAAAGCCUUUGACCAAUCUGAACCCUCCAUCUGCCCUUCAUCGCCUGAUUCCAACCUCCUUCUGCUGACCUCCUUGGCUCCUGUUCUAUUUAUUUAUAUUAUUUUAUACUCCCACUCUGUUCUCUGCAGCCCUGUAACUCUUUAACUGUGCUGAAAGAUGCUGUUAAAAUAAUAAAGGUCACAUCAAUUUGGGCUCUACUUUCUGACUAUCACA